AUGGAAGAAGAAUGCUUGGACAAAUCAAAACGCAGUAAAAUCGAACGAACAGUGUUAGAAAUCCUCAAUUAUUCCGACAUGGAAACAACCUCGGAGUACAGCAUACGCGCUGCCGUGGCGGAGCGGCUCGGCUUUGCCCUCUCCGACCUGACCGACAAGAAACUCGUCAGAGAACUCGUCGAUUCAUUCCUUCUCUCCACUGCUACGGAAAUAAUUAAUUCGUCGCCACAAGAUCAGAAUAAAGACAACAAUGAGCAGAGUAAGGAAGAAAACGUUACCGAAGAAAUUGUGGAGCAGAUGGAGCAGAAGAGGUCUCAAGAGCAGCAAUUGAAUAGCCGAGGGUUUGAAUUGCAUGAGAAAAUUGAGAGGGUCAUUUGUAAGCUAUCAAACAAGAAGAGAGUUGCAGUCCACGAGUUUAAAGGGACAAAGGUGGUAUCAAUUCGAGAUUUCUAUGAAAAAGAUGGAAAGCUGUUUCCUAAUCGAGGAAUCAGCUUAACUUCUAAACAAUGGUCGACCUUCAGGAACAGCUUCCCUUCUAUUGAGCAAGCCAUUCAAAAGAUGGAAUCUCGGAUAAGAUGUGAAGCUGUUGCUAAGCAAAGUGAACUGGACACAACAAGAUCAUUUGCUGAUCGAGCUCAACAGGGACUUGCUGUUGAAAAAAAUCAAAAUGAGGCAGUUAUUUCUAAUUCAGCAAGUGUCGUCCAACCUAUUAUCAAGAGAAAACAAACAGAAGCCGAUACGUCCACAUCAGCACCUGCUUUGGCUUCUCAGGGACACUUGCAAUGUGACACAUUUAAUUCCCAUACUCGUCAACGACUCGUUCCUAUACAGACAUCCCGUCUUGAUGGAAAAAAUUACCAUUCUUGGAGGCAUAAUAUGGAAUUUUUCCUAAAGCAGUUGAACGUUGCAUAUGUGCUCACUGAGCCAUGCCCAAUCAUAUCUUCAAAUUCGGAAACUAGUUUUGAAGAAAAUGUUGGAGCAAAAAUUGCUGCGCACAGAUGGACUGACGAUGACUACAUUUGCCGCCACAACAUUUUGAAUUCUUUAUCGGACAGUCUCUUUCAUCAGUACUCCCAGAAAAACUCCUCGGCUAAAGAGCUUUGGGAAGAUCUUAAAUCAGUUUAUGAUGAGGAUUUUGGAACAACAAGGUCUCAAAUCAACAAAUAUAUCCAAUUUCAGAUGGUUGAUGGGGUAUCAAUUCUGAAGCAAGUUCAAGAACUCCAGAACAUUGCAAAUUCUAUUAUGGCUUCUGGAACCUGGAUUGAUGAAUACUUUCAUGUCAGUGUCAUCAUUUCCAAGCUCCCAUCGUCGUGGAGAGACUACCGUUUGAGAUUGAUGCACGAGGAGUUUUUAUCUCUUAGUAUGUUAAUGCAUCGUUUAAAGGUUGAAGAAGAGUCUCGUGUCCUCUACAAAGACAAAAACAUGGCUAAGAAGGAUCACUCACUAGAUUCGAAGUUUGACAAUAGAUUUGGACAGAAAAGAAAAGAAAACAAGAAGGUUUGCUACAGCUGUGGCAAGGAGGGGCACAUUGCCAAAUGGUGUCCCAAUUGGAAGUUAGAAGUUCAUGAGAAGAGCAAUGAAAAGGAGAAUGAAGUCCUCCCCGUACAUGCAGAAGUUAACAUGUCUGAGGGAAUAGUCUAG